UGGACAUAUUACGCACACUCAGGGGAUGUGCAGGAAUCGGGGAUUUCAACUUACACCACCCGGUAUGGGGAGGGGAUUAAUGCGGUGGAGGAUGCGAAGGCGGAGGAGCUACUGGAACUAACAGAUACAGUGAACCUAGAGCUCUGGACAGAGCCUGGGGUCCCGACGGGAAUGAAUGCAGUGAGCCAAACCACAAUCGACCUGGUACUAGCGUCACACAAGCUCCAAGCACGCCUAAUAGCGUGCGCGGUGAGCGAGGACACACAUGCGGACUCAGAUCAUAUGCCAAUUGUCACCCAGAUUGAUCUAAGUACGCAGUGUGUAGAGGAAGCUCGCCGGCGCUGCUGGAAGGUAAUGGACACAAAAAAAUUCCUAGAAUUUGUGUCAGCGAACCUACUAGGUAAGAGGGGGGAUUCAAGGGGAGAGUCCAAGGGAUGUCGACAGGGCGGUCGAACACCUCCUCAGUGUUAUAUAGCAAGGGGUACAGGAGUCUACACCCUGGGCCCGGCCAUCAGCAUGGGCACAACCUGGUUCCCACCAAUAUCUGAGCAAGAAGUCAUCAAUGCGAUCCGGAGAGCGCCACCAGAUAAGGCCCCUGGGCCAGAUGAACUACCAAACAGGGUGUGGAAGCUUCUUCUCGCGUGUAAAGACUUCACCCGAAUCCUUACCACGAUCUUCGACACCUGCAUACGAACAGGAUACAACCCACGACACUUCCAACAGUCGAUCACAGUCGUCCUAAGAAAAGGAGGCCCCCGGGACUUCCGCAAACCAAAAUCAUAUUGA